AUGGCCAAGGCAAGCCUCUGUGGCAGCUUCCCAGAAAACAGAGAUUUACUACAUCCAUCCUUGGAAGAGGAAAAGAAAAAACACAAAAAGAAAUGGCUAGUUCAGAGUUCAAAUUCUUACUUGGUGGAUGUAAAGUAUCCAGGUUGCUACAAGAUUGCCACAGUUCUCAGCCACACUCAGAUGGAGGUUCUUUGUAUAAGUUGUUCAAUAGCGUUGUGCCAGCCAACUGGAGGAAAGGCCAGACUCACAGAGGUGUGUUCACUUAGGAGAAAGCAGCACUAA